AUGGUCAGGCGGGCGGAGUGUUGUCAUCGGCAGAGCGACGACCGGAGGCGGCGGCGUAGGCCCCGGCGGGGCGUUUGGUUUCGGUUUGUCCCUGAGUGGAAUUGGAGUUGACCGUCGAAAUGGGAGUCCCCAAGUUUUACCGAUGGAUCUCAGAGAGAUAUCCCUGCCUCAGCGAAGUGGUGAAAGAGCAUCAGAUUCCUGAAUUUGACAACUUGUACCUAGAUAUGAAUGGAAUCAUACAUCAGUGUUCUCAUCCUAAUGAUGAUGAUGUUCACUUCAGAAUUUCAGAUGAUAAAAUCUUUACUGAUAUUUUUCACUACUUGGAGGUGUUGUUUCGCAUUAUUAAACCUAGGAAAGUGUUUUUUAUGGCUGUUGAUGGUGUGGCUCCUCGAGCAAAAAUGAACCAGCAACGUGGGAGGCGUUUUAGGUCAGCAAAGGAGGCAGAAGACAAAAUUAAAAAGGCAAUAGAGAAGGGAGAAACUCUUCCUACAGAGGCCAGAUUUGAUUCCAACUGUAUUACACCAGGAACUGAAUUCAUGGCCAGGUUACAUGAACAUCUGAAGUAUUUUGUAAAUAUGAAAAUUUCUACAGACAAGUCAUGGCAAGGAGUUACCAUCUACUUCUCAGGCCAUGAGACUCCUGGAGAAGGAGAGCAUAAAAUCAUGGAAUUUAUCAGAUCUGAAAAAGCAAAACCAGAUCAUGAUCCAAAUACCAGACACUGUCUUUAUGGUUUAGAUGCUGACUUGAUUAUGCUUGGAUUAACAAGUCACGAGGCACAUUUUUCUCUCCUAAGAGAAGAAGUUCGAUUUGGUGGCAAAAAAGCACAAAGGGUAUGUGCACCAGAAGAAACCACAUUUCACCUCCUACACUUGUCUUUAAUGAGAGAAUAUAUUGACUAUGAGUUUUCAGUACUAAAGGAAAAGAUCACAUUUAAAUAUGAUAUUGAAAGAAUAAUAGAUGAUUGGAUUUUAAUGGGAUUUCUUGUUGGCAAUGAUUUUAUCCCUCAUCUACCUCAUUUGCAUAUUAAUCAUGAUGCACUGCCUCUUCUUUAUGGGACAUAUAUUACCAUCCUACCAGAACUUGGGGGUUACAUUAAUGAAAGUGGGCAUCUCAACUUACCUCGAUUUGAGAAAUACCUUGUAAAACUAUCAGAUUUUGAUCGGGAGCACUUCAGUGAAGUUUUUGUGGACCUAAAGUGGUUUGAAAGCAAAGUUGGUAACAAGUACCUCAAUGAAGCGGCAGGUGUCGCAGCAGAAGAAGCCAAGAACUACAAGGAAAAGAAAAAAUCAAAGGGCCCGGAAAAUUCUAUAUGUUGGGCUGCUUUAGAAAAAAAUAAAGGUGAAGUGGUAACUUCUAAGGAUAAUUUAGAAGAUGAGACUGAAGAUGAUGACCUGUUUGAAACUGAGUUUAGACAAUAUAAAAGAACAUAUUACAUGACGAAGAUGGGAGUUGACGUAGUAUCUGACGACUUUCUGGCUAAUCAAGCUGCAUGUUAUGUUCAGGCAAUACAGUGGAUUUUGCACUAUUACUAUCAUGGAGUUCAGUCCUGGAGCUGGUAUUAUCCUUAUCAUUAUGCACCUUUCCUGUCCGAUAUCCGCAACAUCAGUACACUCAAGAUACACUUUGAACUAGGAAAACCUUUUAAGCCUUUUGAACAGCUUCUUGCUGUGCUUCCAGCAGCUAGCAAAAAUUUACUUCCUACAUGCUACCAGAAACGAUUGUUGGAAGCCAUGGAGGCAUGCAACCACUCCCUCAAAAAGGAAGAGAAGAAAAGAAAUCAACAUAGUGAAUGCCUAAUGUGCUGGUAUGAUGGAGAUACAGAGUUCACCUAUCCUUCUCCAUGGCCAGAAAAGUUCCCUGCUGUAGAACGAUGUUGUACAAGGUACAAAAUAAUAUCAUUAGAUGCUUGGCGUGUGGACAUAAACAAGAACAAAAUAACCAAGGUUGACCAAAAGGCAUUAUAUUUCUGCGGAUUUCCUACUCUGAAAAACAUCAAACACAAAUUUUUUUUAAAGAAAAGUGGUGUUCAAGUAUUCCAGCAAAGCAGUCGUGGAGAAAACAUGAUGUUAGAAAUCUUAAUGAAUGCAGAAUCAGAUGAACUUAGUAUAGAAAAUGUAGCUUCAUCAGUGCUUGGAAAAUCUGUCUUUGUUAAUUGGCCUCACCUUGAAGAAGCUAGAGUUGUGGCUGUAUCAGAUGGAGAAACAAAGUUUUUCUUGGAAGAACCUCCAGGAACACAGAAGCUUUAUUUGGGAAGAACUGCUCCACCAUCUAAAGUGGUCCACCUUGGAGAUAAAGAACAAUCUAACUGGACAAAAGAAGUACAAGGAAUUUCAGAACACUACCUAAGAAGAAAAGGAAUAAUAAUAAAUGAAACAUCUGCAGUUGUGUAUGCUCAGUUACUCACAGGUCGUAAAUACCAAGUAAAUCAAAAUGGUGACGUUCGUCUAGAGAAACAGUGGUCAAAACAAGUUGUUCCUUUUGUUUAUCAAACUGUAGUCCAGGACAUCCGAGCUUUUGACUCUCGUUUCUCCAACAUCAAAACAUUGGAUGAUUUGUUUCCUCCUAGAAGUAUGGUUUUUAUGCUGGGAACCCCCUAUUAUGGCUGCACUGGAGAAGUUCAAGAUUCAGGUGAUGUGAUUACAGAAGGUAGGAUUCGUGUGGUUUUCAGCAUUCCAUGUGAACCCAAUCUUGAUGCUUUAAUACAGAACCAACAUAAAUAUUCUAUAAAGUACAACCCAGGAUAUGUGUUGGCCAGUCGCCUUGGAGUGAGUGGAUACCUUGUUUCAAGGUUUACAGGAAGUAUUUUUAUUGGAAGAGGAUCUAGGAGAAACCCUCAUGGAGACCAUAAAGCAAAUGUGGGUUUAAAUCUCAAAUUCAACAAAAAAAAUGAAGAGGUACCUGGAUAUACUAAGAAAGUUGGAAGCGAAUGGAUGUAUUCAUCUGCAGCAGAACAACUUCUUGCAGAAUACUUAGAGAGAGCUCCAGAACUAUUUAGUUAUAUAUCCAAAAACAGCCAAGAAGAUGUUUUCUAUGAAGAUGAUAUCUGGCCUGGAGAAAAUGAGAAUGGUGCUGAGAAAGUACAAGAAAUUAUUACUUGGCUAAAAGGACAUCCUGUCAGUACUUUAUCUCGUUCUUCUUGUGAUUUACAAAUUCUGGAUGCAGCUAUUGUUGAGAAAAUUGAGGAAGAAGUUGAAAAGUGCAAGCAAAGAAAGAAUAAUAAGAAGGUACGAGUAACUGUGAAGCCUCAUUUGCUGUACAGACCUUUAGAACAGCAACAUGGAGUCAUUCCUGAUCGGGAUGCAGAAUUUCGUCUCUUCGAUCGUGUUGUAAAUGUGAGAGAGAACUUCUCAGUUCCAGUUGGCCUUCGGGGCACCAUCAUAGGAAUUAAAGGAGCUAAUAGAGAAGCUGAUGUACUAUUUGAAGUAUUAUUUGAUGAAGAAUUUCCUGGAGGCCUAACAAUAAGAUGCUCACCAGGUAGAGGUUAUCGACUACCAACAAGUGCCUUGGUGAACCUUUCUCACGGGACUCGCUCUGAAACUGGAAAUCAGAAGUUGACAGCCAUUGUGAAACCACAACCAGCUGUGAAUCACUAUAGCUCAAAUUCACCAAUUUCGUCUGGACAUCUGGGAGGCCUCAACCAUUCCCCUCAGUCACUUUUUGUUCCUGCUCAUGUACCUGCUAAAGAUGAUGAUGAAUUUUGCAACAUUUGGCAAUCCUUACAGGGAUCCAGUAAAAUUCAGCACUUUCAGUCAACUAUACAAGAGAAGGGUACAGUUCUACCUCAAGAAAUAAGACAAGUAAAUCAACAUCAUAAAUCUGGCUUUAAUGACAACAACAUUAAAUACCAGCAAAGAAAACAUGACCCUCACAGAAAAUUUAAAGAAGAAUGUAAGAGUCCUAAAGCUGAAUGUCAGUCACAAAAAAUAUCUAAUAAGCAGACUAACUCUGGAAUUGAGAACUUUUUAGUAUCCUUGAAUAUCUCCAAAGAAAAUGAAGUACAGUCAUCUCAUCAUGGAGAGUCUCCAAGUGAAGAGCAUUUAUCGCCACAGUCAUUUGCUAUGAAGGGAACGCGGAUGCUUAAAGAAAUUCUAAAAAUUGAUGGCUCUGAUACUGUGGACCACAAAAAGGAAAUCAAACAAUUUGGUAAUGAAGUCACUGUUUCUUCUAAUAGAAGAGAUGACUAUAGAUCAUCCCCACAGCCUAAACAAAAUAAGAAAUUAGCAUCUUAUGUGAACAAGCCUCACAGUGUUAAUGAGUACCAUAAUAUUCAAUCCAUGGACAAUGUGUGUUGGCCUGCUCCCAGCCAGAUCCCUCCUAUAUCCACACCAGUCACUGAACUUUCUCGAAUUUGUUCGCUUAUUGGAAUGCCACAACCAGAUUUCUCCUUUCUUAGGACACCACAGACAAUGACUGUUUGCCAGGUAAAAUUAUCUAAUGGCUUACUGGUACAUGGACCACAGUGCCACUCUGAAAAUGAAGCCAAGGAGAAAGCUGCACUUUUUGCUUUACAACAAUUGGGCUCAUUAGGAGUGAAUUUCCCUUUGCCUCCACCAGUGUUUACAAAUUAUCCUUCUGCCAUAUCACCCAGAAGCAUUACUCCAGUUUUCCCCCAAACUACUGGCUGGGAUCACUAUGGAAGCAACUUAGCAUUGGGGGCAGCUAAUAUAAUGCCUUCAUCGUCUCAUCUCUUUGGCUCCAUGCCAUGGGGACCACCAGUACCAGUUCCUGGGAAGCCCUUCCAUCAUGCGUUAUAUUCUGGGACCAUGCCCAUGGCUGGGGGAGUGCCAAGUGCUAUGCACACUCAGUUCAUACCUCUGCAGGUUACUAAAAAAAGGGUUGCAAACAAAAAGAACUUUGAGAACAAGGAGGUCCAGAGUUCUUCUCAAGCCACCCCACUUCAGACUAGCCAGCUAGAGUCUUCUGAUGUCACCAAAGUAAUUCCACAGGACAAUUCAUCAGCUUCCUUAAAGUCCUCUCAGACUGCCCAGGCUGCAUCUUCUUUACAAGUUGAAACUGCUUCUCAAGGCCGUAGUGUGUCUCAGCCUAAGUCAACAUCAAGCUCUUCAAGAAGAAAAUCAAGAAAACUGGCUGUCAAUUUUGGCGCUUCUAAACCUUCUGAAUAAAUUUGGUACUUGGAAUCAAAUUAAUUUCUUUCCAUCUACCUUUUUAUAAAUCCAACCUAUGUCUCAUAAAAAGUUAGAAUGUACUAUUUUAAAGUAAUAUGUUUAAAUUGAAAUUUUUUCAUUUUUAAGUUGUCAGGCACUUUUCAUGCUGUUUAGAAGACUGUAUAUCAAAUUGUGCACUUUACAUAUGUGCAGUUUGUUGUGCAUCAAUUAUACCUCAAUAAAUCUGUUUUAAAAAAAGACUAAAUUAAACCUUGUAUUCAAA